AUGGUGGACGAAAGCAUCGACAUCAAAGCCGCCUCUGAGGCGGCUGUGGCCAAGUUUCAGCUCGAGCGCGUGCUCAACCAAGACCAAGGCGGCCGCCGCACGUCCAUGCUCGGCACGGUCGACGGGCGGCCGGCGCUGCUCGUCGUCGAGCGCGCCCCGUUCCCGACGUCCGAGGGCUACCUGGGCCGGCUACCGGGCUCGCUCGCGCGGCUGCGGAACCUGGGCGCCAACGACGUCUAUAGUUGGCACAUGGCGCAGACCGGCGCUGCGGACAACGAUACCCCGUCCACCGCCACCGGUGACGACUUUUACCCGGACGUCAAGAUCAACCUCAUCUACCCGUGCACGGAGACGCACGUGAAGAAGUACAGCAAGCAGGGGGCGCGGCUGGUGACGGAGACGCCGGCGCUGUACCGCGACAAGGUGCGGCCGUACAUGGAGGCGAAGCGGGCGGAGGGCCGGCUGAACUGGGUCUACAACAUCAUCGAGGGCCGCACCGAGGUGGAGGACGUCAUCUACCGGACGCCGCUGGGGCGGGCGGGCGACGAGGGCUUCCUGCUGCUGCCGGACCUCAACUGGGACCGGUCGACGCUGGAUGCGCUGCACCUGCUGGCGCUGGUCGAGCGGCGGGACCUGUGGUCGCUGCGGGACCUGCGACGGCGGCACGUCCCCUGGCUACGGCACAUGAGAGACGCAAUCGUGGAGGCGACGGUGGCGACGUAUCCUUCUAUUGAGGCGGACCAGCUGAAACUAUAUGUGCACUACCAGCCUACGUACUAUCACUUCCACAUCCACGUCGUGCACGUGGCGCUCGAGGCGGGCGCGACGCAGGCGACGGGCAAGGCGAUCGGCCUGGACAGCAUCGUCGAGACGCUCGAGGUCAUGAAGGGGAAGGGGGAGGAGGAGGCGGGCAUGGACGGCGUGUCGCUGACGUACACGCUGGGCGAGGCGAGCGAGCUGUGGACGCAGGUGUUUGCGCCGCUCAAGACUGCCAGGCCAGCUUCUCGACCGCCAGGACAAGGUCGUUGA